AGUUACAGUUUAGCUAACACAAGUUCAGUUUUCUACAGUUUAACUCCACAUUGACGGCCUGAUAAGGUCCAUUUGAUAGGACUAUUGCGGGUGCAGAUUGGAUGAAAUGGCUUAUUAUCAAAUGUUUUACAGAAGGGAACACCAGCAGGGUCAAACUAAAAUAUUUCAAUGAGAUAAAUUAAACAGCGAUACUCAACAACUUGAGUAAUGAAUUACACUAAGGGGAGAAACUUCAUCAGAAAAAACAAGAAAUAAACCUGAACGUAUCCCUGAAUACCCCCAAAAAACCCUUAUAUACUCUGUGAAGUGAUUAAUGGUUGUAUCCUUUAUCUAAAUAACUGGCACUGUGAUGAACACUAAAUGACUUGUGAACAUCCCGUCUGCCUUCCCGGGUCUUCCCCACCCUCCAAUCCUCCUCUAUUUCAGAGGAGGAGGAGGGGUUGGAGGGCAGGGAUCAACUCAGCAGAUUCUUCAGACUGGGAACACUGAGACUCAGUACUGGAGAGGAGUGAACCACAGGAGGAGCAGACUGGAGCCUCUGGAUCAGACGGGUCUGGAGCUUUUUCCUUUUGACCGAUUAUAUAGCUGCUAUUUGAGAUGACUGGAAGGUCACUGCAGGACCAGAAACCAUUAAGUUUGGGAAUUUCCUCUUUCCAAAGAGCAAGACAGUUACUGGGAAGGUUUGAUCCAAGAGGGACAAAUAUUGGAGGAUUUUUACCUCAGUAAAGAGUUAGCUCUCAAAGCGGAUAAUUUCAGUCAACCUUUUUGAAUAAAAGCCAUAAAUAUUCCAAGAUGAAGACUCAUACAUUCAGCAUGGGAAUACUCCUCUUGGUGGGCCACAUCCUUGUAGCCAGUGGGCAACCAGAGCCAGUGCAGCAAUCUCCCCAGGACCCUCAGAGUAUCACCCAGAGACUUGGACUCGUAGAGCGGGAUGUGCAGGGUCCAGUGAGGCCGAACAUCACGAUGCCCCGUCGCCGGCUUCCUCCAAUGUGCACCGGACCCACAGAAAUCAGAGACACCUUCAAGUACAUCAACACGGUGGUGUCCUGCCUAGUGUUUGUCGUGGGUAUUAUCGGUAAUUCAACUCUGCUGAGGAUCAUUUAUAAGGAUAAAUGCAUGAGAAACGGACCAAACAUCCUGAUCGGCAGCUUGGCUCUCGGAGACCUGCUGCACAUCAUCAUUGGCAUACCCAUUAAUGUUUACAAGCUCCUGGCAGAGGACUGGCCUUUCGGAGUGACUCUGUGCAAGCUGGUGCCGUUCGUCCAGAAGGCCUCAGUGGGGAUCACAGUGCUGAGUUUGUGUGCUCUGAGUAUUGACAGGUAUCGUGCCGUGGCCUCGUGGAGCCGCAUCAAAGGGAUCGGCAUACCAAAGUGGAUGGCUAUUGAAAUAGCGCUCAUAUGGAUAUUAUCCAUCAUCUUAGCUGUUCCAGAGGCAAUAGCCUUCGACAUGAUCACCAUGGACUACAAAGGAGAACACUUGAGGAUUUGUUUACUACACCCCAUGCAGAAAUCGGGCUUCAUGAGGUUUUAUAAAACAGCGAAGGAUUGGUGGCUGUUCAGCGUGUAUUUCUGCCUGCCUUUGGCCAUCACUGCCGUUUUCUACACCCUGAUGACCUGUGAGAUGCUGAGGAAGAAGAACGGCGUCCAGAUCGCUCUCAGUGACCACCUCAAACAGAGGAGGGAGGUGGCUAAGACUGUCUUCUGUCUGGUUCUGGUCUUCGCUCUGUGCUGGCUGCCGCUUCACCUCAGUCGUAUCCUGAAGCUCACUAUCUAUGAUGAGAAAGAUCCAAACCGCUGUGAACUGCUCAGUUUCUUUUUGGUGUUGGACUACAUUGGCAUCAACAUGGCAUCUGUCAACUCCUGCAUCAACCCAAUAGCCCUCUACAUGGUCAGCAAGCGCUUCAAAAGCUGCUUCAGGUCCUGCCUGUGCUGCUGGUGCCUUACAGCCGAGAUGCUGAUGGGUGACAAGCAGUUGUGCAAGAUGAAAGUCACCGAACGAGCCUCCGACCAGAGCAACUCGCGUUUGACCAACAAGUCCACCACUGCCUGAGGAGAGGCCUCGGAGUGAGAUUGGAUGCCAAAAGUAAAAGAUGCAAAAUAUUGAAGUAUGGAUGAAUGAAUGGGGACAAGUGCCCAUUCUUGAUUCAUCUAGAAUCUUCUGCAGUUUUUUCCCCUGAUUGCAACAGUGCAAACUGUCAGUGUCUGAAAGCACUAUGGCACCAGCAAGCGUGCCUGUUUAAUGCGUCUUCCCCCUCCUCACUAAAGAUAUGAACGAGAGAAACGUUGUCAGAAAAUAGCUGCAGACCUACAGCUGACAUGGAGUUGGAUGUCUUGUGAUUUAGCAUGCUAGCUAGCGUGUGUUUGAUGGUGAUACUCAGAGUGUUCAUGUGAGAAUGCGAGAGCAUUUUUUGCAAGUGUUUGUAUUUUAGCUGUGCAUAAAAAAGAGCUGAAAUACACACAAAUCUAAACUCAACCUCUAUUCGUGGCAGUUUUCAUAGGAAACUCUUUAGAAGGAACAUAGAAAAUAGUUAUUAUUAUUUAACAGCUUUUAUAUUAACCCUGUACAGAUGUGAUAUUUUUUCUUUCAUCGUGAAUGGCCUGGCUCAGUACAGUGAAGGAAUACUAAUCUGAAAUUAGGCUGAGCUAAUGUUCGCUGAUUGCAGUCUCUCUUAGCUGCCUUUCUCUGAGGAUUGUCAGAGAAACCUUGAUUUUUUCUUUACAUUGUUUUGAAAUUUUACUGGGUUUGAAUAUCUGAACUUUAAAGAAAAUUACAGCCUUUCACUGUGUUACAGGAAAAACUGAUUGCUGAUUUUGCAAGUUUCGACCAAUGUUACGCUCCCUGCUAGGGGUUGGAGUCACCAGAGUCAACGCGAUACGAUAUUAUCGCGAUACUCGAGACACGAUUCUAUUGCAAUUUGACGAUUUGCUGAGAAUUGUGAUACAAUAUAUUGCUUUUAAGCUUUUUAACUGCAUAUUAUUUCCACUACACUUAACUAAAUCAAGAACUGUUUUGUAAAGUAAGAAAACAUUCUUAGUCUAUUCAUCUCACUUACACAAUGUGAGUCGAGCCCACAGACUGACCAACACUGUGAUCAAAGUAAAACCCCGUAAAGGCUGCAUGCACCUCACAAUCUGAACUGUUGGUACUUCAGUCUAAUCAAACUUUAACAUGAAUUCUUAACAAUGCAACUUGUUCAAAUACAUUUGUGCAACCCCUUCAGCAGUUAAAAAUGUAAAAAGCAUAUCUAAAAUAUCAUAUUAAAAAUAUGAGUAUUUGGCCGCCAUGAGACAAUAUAAUAUCACCACACAAAAUAUCGCACUACUAUAUUGUAGCGAUUUUACCUCCAAUCUCUACUCCCUGCUAUCUUUGACGCUCUAAAACAGUAGUUGCUGGUGGCAGCCAAUAUUUAUAUUAUUAUUGUGUAGGCUCUUAUAUUUGGAGAAGAAACAAUAUUUUUUUUGGUGUCAUGGUAUGUGAGAAGUCCAUUGAUCAACAUCCUCAAUGAUAACUGAUAACACUUUGCAGUCAGUGUUGGAGGAUUCCUCAAACUGGCAUUGGUCAAUAUUACUCAUUAAAUUUAGUAUGUAUGUAUGUAAAAAUGGAUUGACUAUUUCUUCAUACUUGAUUACUCUUAGACUGUUUUUAGUGCCUUUACAUGUAUUGUCUACAUACCAUUUUACCACUUAUUAUUGAACUACUGAUGAUGUAUGAUUUCAGCUGUAUGACUAUUAAGCUAUUGUUUACUGUUCAAUUCUGGGCCUGUUAUUGAGGCUUUUUAUAUGCUGCUGUGACAUAUUUGCUAUGAAUGAUCUUAUGACGACCUCUGACAUUUGCUGAUAUGACAGUAGGAAGGGGUCUCUUUUUGCAUUAAUAAAUAAAAUGCUGAAGAACUUAUAAA